AUGAAGGAUACUAAGUAUAUACAAGUAACGCUCGUUGCAACGACUCCCUUAACCCUCGACUAUGAAGCACAGUUACAGAUGUCUGCCGGUGAACCCUCUGAAUUCGAGAGAUUAAUUUCAAAAGUUUAUUCCAUAUUUGGUCUUUUGGCUUUUAUAAUAAGCAGUUUGGUUGUCUGUUUUUGUUUCUGUCGUAAAUACAAUGGUGGCUCUUCGCAACCGUCAGCGCAAAUGGGGAGGACUCCUCCGAUGGGAACAGCUGGAGCUGAAAGUCGACAAGAUGGCAUUAGUGUACUGCACUGCAGUCCGAACUCCAUUUCCGACUCCAACUCUAUUUCCGACUCCAACUCCAUGGACGUGGAGUUGGAAGUGGAGUAA